CAAAUUUAGUUUUAUAAUUUGGUUCGAUCAGAAAUACAUAAUAAGCAUGAUGGCCGAUGAAGUUGCUAUAGAUCUUUACGCUGAUGAUAUAGAACAGGAUUUUACAACUCAAGAAAAUGACUUUGAAAACGAAAAUUCUGAAAUAGAUUUAUAUAAUGAUGUUUUGACAGAGACUUUACCUAUUACAGAACAGGAAGUCACCCAUAAAACUUUAAAGACGAUAACACCUAUAAUACAUAUACCUAGAUACAGUGGAAAAAAAUAUUCAUUAUAUAUAGGAAAUUUAUGUUGGUGGACAACUGAUGAAGAUUUAUUGAAUACUUUUUAUACUCUUGGUGUUAAUGAUUGUGUUGAAAUUAAAUUUUAUGAAAAUCGUACUAAUGGCCAAUCUAAGGGCUUUGCUGCCAUCCAUUUUGCAUCUGAAGGAUCCAUGAAAAUUGUUUUGGAAAAAUUAAGCAAAUUGGAGAUAAAUGGGCAACAUCCCAUGGUUUCUAUGUUUACCAAACAAGCUCUGAAUCAUUUUGAAAGUCAAGCGAAAACCUUGACUGGAGAGACCCGUCAAAAAAAGAGCCAGGUUAGUGUAAGUAUGGGCAUAGGUUCAAUGUCUUUACCUCCUCCAGCAAUAAAUAUGCCCCCACCUGGACAAUACUCAUAUCCACCACCACCAUUGCCUAUACCUUCGCAAGGCCCUCCUCCAAUAUUACCAUUUUUACCACCAAAUUUGAUGCCUCCUCCAAUUAGAAACUCAAACUUGAUUUUACCACCUGGACAUAUGCCUCCCAUGUUACCACCACCUGAUCACCAUCAAAAUUAUCAAAGUGAUCUAAAAAUCAAAGACUCCUAUCAAUAUAUGGGCUCUAAUUAUUCGCAGCAAUCAACUCGAAUCAAUCCUUAUGGAAGAGGACCACCACCCUCUUCUAAUGACAGUUAUCCUAGAGUGGGAUUAUAUCCACCAGUGCCAAAUUUGUACAAAUCUCAUAGUGAAAUAAAUGAACGUUACAAUGGACACGAAUAUCAUUCCAUACCGGCCCCUCACUUAAACCCAGCCUUUUUCCCUCCAAUGCCUUCCUCAGAUGCUGCUGCGGCAGCAGCUGCAGCCGCUGCUGCUGCGGCUGCUACUCUUCAUUCACCUCCCACAUCCGCCUCUUCUAGAUAUCACAUUUUACAUCCUCCUCGAGGCAACAUAAUCUCAGAAGAAGAGUUCGAAGAAAUUAUGAAUCGUAAUAAAACCAUAUCCAGCACUGCUAUAUCUAGAGCCGUGGCUGAUGCUAGUGUCGGCGAUUUUGGUGCUGCCAUUGAGACAUUGAUUACAGCAAUAUCGCUUAUAAAACAGACGAAGAUAUCCCACGAUGAACGAUGUAAAAUAUUGAUGGACUCAUUGGAAGAUACAUUACAAGGAAUAGAGUCUAAGGCUUAUAGCUAUAGGCGUGAAAGGGAAAGAAGAGAAAGAGAUCACAGACGGGAAAGACAAAGUCCAUCUCGAGAUCGAGAUCAUCAUCGGGAUAGAGACAGGUCACACAGGGACCGGUCAAGGAGCCGUAGACGCGAUCGUGGUGACCGAUUGAUAAUGGAUAAACGCAGCCCUGCCAUAUCAUCUAAUUUGACUACUGCGGGUUCUAUUGCGCCAUCUAUGCAGGCCACUUAUAAUGAUUACUUUUACGAUGCCACCUCAAACAUCGCAUCUGCUCCCUCUUCUUCCACUCUUAGAGAUCGUGAUCGCGAUUAUAGGCGUCAUUGAACACAUCAACUAUUUUAUAACAUCUUCAUAUUUUCUUUUAUUUUCAUUUAGUUUGAUAAUAUUUAAAACAAAAUAAUACACAUAGUUCUUACUUUUUA